UCUUCGACGAUCGUCUGUCUUUCGGAUCAUUUCGCGACGUUCGCCGCCUUCAUCUCUUUCUCUCUUUGACGACUUGUCAACCCCGUCUGCUUUUACGCGGCCGGCUCAGACCACCGGCGCCGCUUCGCGCUUCAUCGGCCCCGGCAACGCCGCGGAUUCUUCGGGCGAUCACUCGGCCGAAUCGCCAAUUCGAGCCAGGUGCGAAUCGUAAAUAUGCGCGCCGCAUCUCCCGCGUAGCGACUCCGCCGUGCGAAAAUCCAGGACAGAGACCGUAAGAAGCGAUCGGGGCGAUCCGCAUCGCGGAUCCGAGUGCGCGCGCCGGCGUGAGAACGCUGUUAAUUACCCGCAAGGUCGCAACGUCGGAGUAACGUUACAUACAGCGGGACGUGUGUGUCGGUGCGGAAGAAGCGAUCGAGAUUGUGUCUGCUCUCCCAGCGCUCGCUCGAUCUAAAUCGAUCGCUGUGAGAAAUCUCUCCGGGGAGUUCGAUUAAUCGCCGCCGCGUUAAUCGAGCGCCAAUUACACGCUCCUUCUGUGAUGCCAUGAGGAAAAAGGAGAAAAAACAGGCGCGGGACGAAGGUUGUUUGCUCGCUUCGCCGAGACGCUAAUGUCGAUGAGGCGGCGAAAAGUGAUCGUCGGGAUCGUCGGGCUCGCACGGUCGUGAGACGAGACGAGACAACUUGGACGGCCGAGAGUAACGAGAGUAAUCGACCUCCGGCCGUUGCGAAUUUAUUACGUCUACCACGCGCAGCCGGUGCUGCGCCGGCAAUCAUCCUUCCCGACUUCGGCUUCGCGCUAUACAUCUUAAAUACUUCUCUCUUCGACGUGACCGAGCCGCGCGCGUGUUUCCGUAACGGUCUGUCGAUCAUCGUUCCAAUUUUCUCUCGAUAUUGUUAAUGGGAGACAGCAAUCGGAAGGAUUUAUAAAUCAUAACGAUUACGCGCGGACGCGGUAGACGAGAAAGAGAGAGAGAGAGGGAGAGAUCGAGGAUUACAAUGCCGGGAUCAAGGAUCCAUCGAGGUAACAGAUGUCCAGGUAUCUCGAUCUGAUACUCAUUGUCACGGCGUUCACGCAAGUAUACGGAGCCAAGAAAUGCGAGGGUAACGGCCUAGGUCUGAAAUACGUUUGGGGCGACGCGCUCACCGAUCCUGACGAUUGCAUAGGUCCUAAUAACAUGCAGUACCCCUCAGCCGCGAUAUCGAGGAGCUUCAAGAAUCUUUGGGCGGGCAGUAGUCGAACCGCGCGAUCGCAUCAGCCACGGACGAUUGAUCCUGAACUGACGAGGCAGGCGCUUCUGCACAACUACAAAGCGGCCCAUGGAGACUACUCUAUCGCCGGAAACUCCCGGAACGGCCGUGGGUUUUCCGCGAAAGAAAGUUGCGGCUCACCUGCCCGGCUCUGCAAAACGAGGUACAACACCACAGCGCCUAUGUACGGCAUCAGUCUCACCAGCGGGCAACCGGUAACAAUCGUUCAGAAGUUCCCCGAUCUCCUGCAGCAAGUGGUCUUCGAGGUUUGCGAAUCGAAGGAAUGCGACGUAGUUCACGGUGAGUGCACGCAGACCUACGUACCAUACCUGUUUCUGGUGAUUCCUCUCGGUCCAGUGACCUUGACCGGCCAGGAUUACGUGCUGGUGGAGAGCGGUUGCGUCUGCAAGCCGAGAAAUUCGGCGAGUGCGUCCGCCGACCCGCCGACCGUUCCGAGCUUUUAACUAGAUCGCGCGGGGAUCGUGCGAGAUCACGGGAGCGUCUCGAUAUCUCGGAUCUUGUCUUUCGUUCUCUCCCCGCACGGGACGAAAGGACUCACAUUGCGAAACCGUGUGCUUACUCGGGCGUCCUUCCAUCCAGGUAGAGAGCGUCAUAUUUCCAACGCCAGUGUUCUCGGGACCAUCGGUGCACGCGACGCGAAGAGUACUCUCUGAGUGCUUCCGGACUGGGACACCCGAUGAGUGAGAGUCGAAUCAGUCUGUCUGUUUAUCCUACUCGAGCCGUAUUUACUCUUUUCGGGCUAUAUUCUUUAUUUUUUUUCUUCUUCUUAUGAUUAUAACUAGAAUCUCAAUUUGCCUUUGCGGCCCGUUUGAAGCGCACAACUUUGCGUUCGAAGCGAAUUCUACAAAUCCCACAGAGCUAGCCCGCUCUCGCUCCGAAUUCCUCGAUUGUAACGACUUAUCGAUUCAUUUCCGCAAACAAACCGGCGACAUUCGAAUGCCGCGGUGCAUCCGUUUCUGCAUUUUGCUAAGCAGCUCCGGUAAACGUGAAAAAGCGCAAACACGGCUUGAGCGUCUCUCUCCGAGCAUCUUCUCCUUGCCCUCUUUCUUUCUCGUGCCAAAAGCUCCGGCGGGACAUAUUCCGCCGGCAUGAAAAAGCAAAUCGGGGCAGUGAUUGCGGCCGUAUCGCGGAAUCCGGUCUCGGAAUUCGAUCGAGUUCGCUAGACUCGCCCCGAGCCGGUUUCGUGCAGGUGCAAUAAUGCCUCAGGUGAAACUUCGUGUCCACCGGCAGGAUCGUCCACGAGCGCUCCCUCGAGCGCUAUCAUUGUCAUAAAGUUAUAUCAUGCGCGUGCGCGCGCUAUUACAUAUUGCAAUAAGAUAAACGCGGAAUCCUGCAGAAUCGCGGACGCGGCAGAUCACCGGCGACUUAUUCGAACAAGCGAUCGUCGCAUUAACUUAUCUUUACGGUGUAAUUACUUGAAAAUCGUCCUAUCGUCCGACGGACAGCGGUCGGACAAAUUUUUCCCCCGCCGUUCCAUGAUAUAUAUUGACAGAAUCGAAAUUCGCGUCAUGUGUCCCGUAGAAACGGGUGUAUGCGAAAAAACGGAGCUGCGACGAGAUUUUACUCGGGAAGCGGGAUGAACGCGACACGCUUCCUCGUCAGCAUCCUGGAUAGAGAUUAAUUCUAGUGUGCUUCAAGUCUGCAAUAGACAGGCAUGCUCCAAAAUAGGCCGACCCUUGUUAGACUUAGAUGUAUUUUGGAAAAACAAAACCUUAAUAAUUUCGUGAAUAGACUGUGAGUAAGCAUUGACGUGGGGUACUCUUAACAAAGCCUGUGACUUAUAGGGCCCGGUUAGAACUUGGAUAGAUUUACAAAAUCGGCUCUAAAUUGUUAACGAACGUUACUUAUUUCUAUAUAAGGUUUAGAUAGAAAUGAAGACAAAUUGUAUGGAGCCUUUCGAGCGGCUAUUUUAAAUUUCUAUCUGGGAAUCGUGGUGUGAACAACGCGAGAGUCCGAGAGACGCUCCGAAAGUGUCUGAAGGAUUAAGAUGUCUAGAAGAUUUCUUUACGGCGUCUUUUGCGCUGCCCGUGGCAGUAACGUUCGCAAUACCGGCGAUGAGCAUCUUCCGUUUGUCUCGUAUAUUAUCAGCAUCGUCGUCCCCGCCGUCGCCACGACUUCAGCUUCAGCCUGCUAUUAACCCAGAGAAGGAGAGAUAGAGAGAGAGAGAGAGAGAAAGAAAGGGUCAAGAUCACCAGGACGACGGGGGCAAAGGCAGACGCGCGUUUCCUGUCCCGCUUAUGUUACACGCGAGGCUUCCCUGCGAUACGCCACUGCCCUGCUUGCGCGCUUCACAGAAACCGGACCUCGUAACAAACCUGCAUCGGGACGGACUUACGUACGUUCGGCCCGUAGAUACGUCGAGAAUAGAACGCACCGUGAAUUCCGAUGAGCGUGAUGUACCGUUAGUCGCUUUGCGGGAUCCCCCUCGCGCGUCCUCGGACUCGCUACUUCUCACCUGCUCCUCAUCUCACGGUGAUGAGAUGCGCUGCGCGGUGCGGCCGCCGAAAGUUGCGACGCGAUCGCAACGCUCGGAAUUGCAUUCCAUGCGAAUGCGAUUCCGUGCGAAUGCGGGAUCACAAGAUCGGGUAUUUGUCGCGGAUGAUCGUCACGCGUUUCCACGUAGCGGCACGUGGAUCACGACACACCGACGUAACGAGACCAUUCCCGCGUAAUCAAGGUAGAAGAAAGAGCCGGGCUUCUGUUUCUUCGCUUCUCCCGCGACGACAGGUCGGAUGAUCGCCCUUGAAUCCUCGGUGUCGGAAGAGAAGAACGGUAAUUUCGAGCGAAAACGUACGCGUUAGAUGAACUUCCUCAUUUCCGCAUUCGUCAUCUUUUGUAUUUAUAGUUGUAACAUGCAUUCACACGUAUUUAUAAUUUAUUAUUAGAUUAUUAUAUAUUGUGUAAGACUCGAGUAAAUAUUUUUCUCCCCCUUCCAUCUACCUCCGCGCGUCUCUAUUUCUAGUUAAUAUAAGAUUAUUAAUUGAUUUUUACAGACAACUGAUAUAUCUGCUGCGCCCAUUUUUGCUCGACAGGCGCAACCGUCGACGGCACUCCGUAGAACGUGCGCGCGGGCGCGAGAUGAUCAUUGCGUAAUUAAUUGUCGGAUCUCGCUCUACAUUGUAAAUCAUGCCAGCGUACUCCUCUCGCCUGCGUUUUCGUAGUUACUACACGUCUCUUAAUUGAUUUUGCUGUUGCACGAUAACUAGUAGCCACUAUAUAACGCGUGAUGAUCGCCGUGUGAUUUACGAUGUACGCGAAAGAAAUACACGCAACGAGCGAGAUUCCUGGCGCCGUUGAAAGAUACAUACACACAGACAGAAAGACGGUUCGCUCCAGCCCGCUCCGGCAUUCUCUAUUUUCCGUGCAUAACGGUAUUGAGAGAGUCGCCUACGUGCAAAUAGGAUAAAGAAAAACUUUUAUCGCUUUUCUCUUGCUCUCUCGAUGCGAGUGAAUUACAUACACGGAUCGUAAAUGUAAAUACACGCACGUGAAGUGGACAUAUAUAAGCGCAUAUGCGAUAAAAAUGUGUAAAUGUUAAAUAGUCGACACCUUAUAAUUCGGUUUUCACUCAAACUUCACAUUUCACUUUGCGAGCAGACAGAAGAAAUCAUUGUAACAUCGUCAUUUUACGCGAGAAAAUAUCUCUCCUGCCUAAAGCACUUUACUCAAUGUAUUACAUUUACUUAAAGUGCGUCUGUUUUAUAUUCACUGUCCAAGUUACAGACAUAUCAUCACCAAACUGUCAUUGGCACAGUUGUCCAUGUCUUGUCCCUUGCGCGGCUAUGUUUGACUGCCCGCUGAAAAUGAUCCUGCGACUAAAGAGUCAUCAAUAAUAUGGCCUUACAGUGCUCGCUCAACCAUAAUUCCUUUUUUCAGUGGUCGAACCCUUCAAUGAGCUGAAAGAUGUCAGUAAAUUACAGCUGUCGCUACAGAAGUUUCCCGCGGCUUCUAAUAUGUUUCGUACCACGUAAAAAAUUUGCCAUGUGCGUGGUUGCAACCUUUUAUUUACAAAAUGUGCGGCACCAAAAGGGAGAAAACACGAAAUAUCGAAAGCGAUGGAUCAUUUAAGGAGAAGCAGUACACUUUUUGUGCGUUCUCGCGAUUAUAAUUUAUUAACUCGCUUCUUUGUCCAGCGGAGUACGUCAACAAGAUAUUAAUACAUCCAUGUGGUACGUCAUGCUUGUUCUGGUUAUUGAAAUAUUUACGACCGUGCAGUCCAACUUUUGUGUUUCGAGAAAUCCGUUGAAAGCAUGCGUGAUAUGUCGCAAAAGAGGCGGCGACUUUUUGUCGACGAUAAAAGAUAAAGUUUUUUUCAACUUUGGUAUGGAUUAUACGAGAUAAUAUAAUGGCAUUCUCCUUUUCAUUAUCAAUGAAUCUUCAAAAUUAUUGUCAUAGUUAAUGUUUUAUAAAUUUUUCCUCCAAUAGAUUCUUAAAUGUACAAUCGCGGAAUCUCAUAUGAAAUCGAAGACAAUAAAUCAUUUAAAGUUCGGUGGAAA